AAAAAACUGUUUUCAUUAUUUUGCACAAGAAAAGUAAGCUCAAGCGUAAAAAGUAAGGCAUAGCACAACAUUUCCUGGCAGAAAAAUGUUGUAGUUAACUAACUUCAACUUUCAACCACUCGUAUUUAUAUUGACAGCCCGAAUUUGUUGUAUUUUCCCAUUAAAAGCUUAUAGAGAUCUAAAAUGUAUUGUCAGAUUACGUAUAAGAAGUUUUAAACCGCCGUUUAUUUUUGACAAAGAUCGUAAAUAAUAUUCGUUUCUUAUAGAUUUGAUUGCGAUAACAUAAUGGAGUCUGGAGAAUCUGCACCAAAAGUAUUUUGUUACUGUAAAUCGGCUGCUGAAGAAUAUAUGAUAACAUGUACAUCUUGUCACGAACAAUUUCACCUUACAUGCCUAAAAUCUGGUCGGCCGUCAUCAUUGGCUGGUGAUAUUUAUUUUUUAUUAACGUGCGAGAGAUGCUCACCUGAUGGGCAGGAAUCUAUUAAGCGAAUGAAAAUGCAGUGGACAUUGGUCAUUAUGCUGGCAUUGUAUAACCUUCAAUUAGAAAGCAGUGGGAAAGAAGGUUAUUUUCGAUGGCGAGAGCAUAUUUGUAGAUAUAUAGAUAAACAUUGGUCAGUAAUAUUUGGUAACGAAAGGAAAAAGAGCGCCACUUGGCAUGGAACAGUAGCUGGAGCUUUAUCUACCGGGGGUAACAGAUUUUUCACGUCUGGAUUUGAAAAACUUCAUGAAACUGGAUGGUGGUCUCUUAAUAAGCUACAAAUGCCUCAGAUACAUGAACUUGAUUCUAUGGCUUUAAGCAUUAAAACGAGUAGAAAGCGGAGAUCUCCGGAACUCGAGCAACUACUCGUCGAGGGUACUCGUAGAAAGAAGCAAAAUGUUGUAGAAGCAGCCGUCGCUCUGAAGGAAAAGAAAUCGAUCGUUCCAGAAUCGAAACCUUCGAAGUCAAAAACUUCCGAUGUUAAAUGUAAGAAAAAAGAUCUCAGCAUUUUUCCUCCCAACCAUAAACUGAAACUAGUCGUUGCCCCACCUCCUUCCCUUCAACAAAGUGAGGAAAAAAUCAGCCAAAAUGUACCCAAGAUCGUCAUCAAAAGUGAAAAAUCAAGUCCGUCGUCUUCGGACUUCUGGGCAAAAGAAUCGGAUGCCGACCUCGACAUGCCACCCGUGUCGGACACGUACGUCGUUCCGAGCGCAUUCGACGUACCUGACUCUAUUCUCGACAGUACGAUAUCGGAGAUGGACGUAGCAAAUCUUCCUGCCGUGAAACAAGAAUGCGAAAGCGACGAAGACAGCAUCCCCGACAAGACCCUCGGUACUCCGAAAAAGGUUUUUCCGGACACGAGUCGAAAGCGUACCGUCGUGACCAAAGAGGAGAGUCCUGUCAAGGAGUCCGCAGUUACCGAGUCCAAGUACAAGCUGAUGAGUCCCUACGAAGAAGAGUCUCUGCUUCAAAAAUUGGACAAUUACCCCGUCGCACUGAGCAAAAAUACCGAAUUGAGACAAUUGUAUCGAAAACUGGCUGUGAGGAAACUGAAAAGGGAACGGAACAUUCCUGUCUUCGAUCUCGACGUCGAAAUGCGUCUGCUGAGAGGCAUGGACCCCCCGGAUUACGUGAAAUCCGAACCCCAAAAUAAAUCCGCUACCGUUUCGGUUUCCCGACCGACGACCGUUUUCGACCGUUAUCGGACGAAUCCUGACUAUCCGUCGAAUCGGACGCAAGUUUCGUUUGCGACGCGCCUGACGGGCAAAAGUACGGAAGACCAGGAAAAUAUUGUCAGCCCUUAUUCUGGCAGGAUUUUAAAGCCUUUCAUUCGUCGUGACUAUAAAACUAAACCGUUGAAGCUGAGGCUCCUGGAGGAAAUAAGAUCUCGUGCCGACAGAGGCACUCGCGCGGAAUACCCCAUCGAUUACUGUUAUGUCAGACCCGAGUUCAUUCCGGCCAUCAACGCACUGUGCCACACGUUCUUCUGGCCGGGGAUCGACAUGUCCGAGUGCCUCCAGUACCCCGACUUCAGCUGCGUGGCCGUUUAUCGUAAAGUGAUUAUCGGUUUUGCUUUCAUGGUUCCUGAUGCGAAGUACAAUGAGGCUUACAUUACUUUUAUAUUCUGUCACCCAGAGUGGAGGAGGAGUGGGAUUGGAAAAUUCAUGCUCUAUCAUCUCAUACAAACUUGUAUGGGUAAAGAUAUAACUCUGCACGUCUCAGCAACAAGCUCUGCUCUAUUUCUAUACCAGUUGUUCAGUUUUAAAAUUGAAGAACUAGUUCAUGAUUUUUAUGAUAAAUACCUGCCUGCAGAUUCUAAGGAAUGUAGACACGCACUCUUCUUGAGACUUCACUAUUAGUCAGAACACAAGAAUUUGUAUGCUGUUUUAUUUUAUCCUUAUGAUUUUCAAACAAAUUGGGUGAUAAAUUUUUCUUAAAUGAUGAAUAAAUUCAGGGAUCUGUCUGUAGAAAAUUUACUACCGUUUAGCGGCACUUUCAAGAAUUCAACUUUAGGUAAAACGUAGUUUUACAAAAUACUUAUCAGAAUCUGAAACUGUACCUCUUAAAAUUUUGUAAUAAUAAAUGGUAGGUCACAUUUCAACUCUCCCUCUAUAAACUUUACGGGAAAUUCAAACAUUAUUGUAAAUUCAUUCCAACAUACCUUUAUAUUUUUAUGAAAGAAUUUUUUCUCUCCGAGUGAGUCGAAAACGUCGUCGUGACGAAAAUAGCUUCGAGUGCUACCGUUAAAUGCAUGUUUUUGUUAAAUUAUAGUUGAAAUUUAACUAUGGACAAUGAUUGUUAAAUUUGGAUACAUUUUUUAAGCUCAAAAUUUUACAAUAGCAAAAUUGUUUUUUAAUAUAUGAGAAAAAAUGUAUGGUAAAAAUAUUUUCUAAAUUUACCAGAUAUUUGUAUUGAUUUUUUCAAAUAGUUUUAAAUUGUCACAAAAUAGGUACCUCUCAAAAAAAUCUUGACAGACCCCUGGAAUGAUUGUUUUAUCAAACAUUGAAAUACUAAAAAGAAAAGUAUUGUCUAACAUUUAAAAAGAAAAUUAAGUUCGAAAUAUUUCUUUUUUUUUAUUAAAAUAUAAUGAAUUUAAAUUCUUAUAUAAAAUUUUUUUUUAAUUAAAUAGAUCUUUUUCUGUGCUCUCCUCUUCAGUUUUUAAGACACUGUAUUAGAUUAUGACAUAUAUUUAUUUUUCUGUUGUUCAUAUUUCAUUACUUUUCUUAUAUUAUUUGUGUGCAAAUGUCCAAUGCUAAUUACAUGUCACCUGUUUUCAUUAUUCAGUUGGGUUGAGAGUUAUUGUUUUAAAAGGAUUAAAAUUUAUUGCCUGUGUAA